AGUUCGUCAAUGGAGCCCGCCGUGGACAGAAAGGCUGGAAUUCCUGAAGUGAUCGAUAAGAAGAACAAAGGGAAGUCUAUACUAAACUAUCAGCCUUGGUGGUUUCCGAAUUUUAGCAGCAAGAGAACCUCAGCUCGAGCUAAUUUUAAAAGAUUUGACAGUGUUCAGCACUUCUCAGAUCAUCACUAUGUUUUGAAGGGGAAUGCUUCAAAGCAGCACUCAAGGACUUGGGCGAAAAAGAUUCAAGCAGAUUGGAAGAUUCUUGAGAAGGAUUUGCCAGAGACAAUAUUUGUGAGAGCCUGUGAAUCAAGAAUGGAUCUUAUGAGAGCUGUAAUUGUUGGAGCCGAAGGGACUCCUUACCAUGACGGUCUUUUCUUUUUUGAUAUUCACUUCCCUGAUACCUAUCCUUCAGUGCCUCCAAUGGUUCAUUACCAUUCUGGUGGGCUUACAAUCAACCCUAAUCUAUACAACUCUGGUCAUGUAUGCCUGAGUCUUCUCGGUACCUGGUAUGGUAAUACGAGGGAGAACUGGCUCCCACAGGAGUCCACAAUGUUACAGCUUCUUGUCUCAAUCCAAGGACUCAUCUUGAAUCGAAAACCGUACUAUAACGAACCUUUCGUUGGGUGGACCAAGUGGACUCCAUUAGGCGAGCCUUUUUCCAAAGGUUACAGUGAGAACGUAUUCAUAUUGUCGUUACGAACAAUGGUUUACAUCAUGAGGAAGCCACCAAAUCACUUUGAAGAGUUUGUUCGUAGCCAUUACUUCGUAAGGGCUAGCGAUAUAGUGAAAGCAGCCAAUGCUUAUAUAGACGGUGCUCCUGUUGGUUCCAUAGUUAAAGGUACUAGCCAGGGCGGGUCCAUGAAGUUUAGAACCGAAGUGGCUGUCUUUAUGAAGACAGUUGUGGAUGAGUUCGUUAAACUAGGAGUCAAGGAGCUUCAAGAUAAACUGAAACCACCACCUGUGAUUCAUACUAACACAUCGAGGCUGUGUUUUAUAUUUAGUAUGCUAUGUUUAUUGUUUAUUUUGUUGGUGGUGGUUCAUGGUAGCAUCAAAGACAAGUUAUCAAUACUCGCCUAACACGGACGGAGUAGAGCAAUGCUUUUUUUUUUUUUAGCUUUACUAUGUGGACAAGUAGUUUUUAAAUUAUUUAUUUAUCAGCAACCAAACCAGUGCCUUUAAUCGAUUCUUUUGUUUUGAUUUGAAAUCUCUCAGCUUAAUAAUAAAUAAAUAAAACUAGGUAUUGUGUCCGCACAUGCGGGCA